AUUUUAUUGAAAACCAAUAUUUUAUAACACAACUAGAAACCAAAACACGCCUUUCGUUCUAUAGAUAAGACAUUAUUGUUUAUUGGAUCGUGAGAAACAUUUUAUCUGUGUCUAUACUUCACUAUGGCUGGAAGACGGGACUAACGACUUGGAAGUUUUCUUACCUUUAAAUCUCCUUUGAUGCGGAAAAAGUUAUUACUCUAUUAAAAAGUUACUGUCUCUUGAGAAAAAUACUAGUAAAACGUAAAUUACUUGUAUAACAAUUUGAUAUUUACUUACUUGUAAUAAAUAGAACAUCGCUAUUUAAUAAAAUGAAACCAUACGAGGGCUGGUAUGCCAUAUUUGCGUACAUAAUAUCGGACGUAUAUUAUAUUAUGAAUAUUUCUUAGAUGAAGUAUUUAUCAUAAUAUGACAAGACGGCGGCUCACAUUGUUUACAUAGAUGUAGGUAUUGUGUGUAAUAUACACGCUCCUUCAAAUAAUCCUCUAUGUGGUAUCAAAGGCAUUCCUCCUUAGUGAUCUAGUCACGUAUUGCCCUAUAGACGUUCAUCAUUUAUUUAGUUUGUGUGAAACGUGGCUUUCUUGUAAUGUAAAUAUUCGUAAAUCUAGGUAGCAAAUAUUUUGGAAGUUUUGUUUACCACUCAUUAGAAAAACCCUAAUCCAAUAACACCUAAGGUUCAUUUAAGCGAAGCGGUGGUGGAACUCGUCUCUAAUUUCCUCCCCGUUCAUCCUAUUUCCUUCCUCAGGCGAGCGACGCCUUCCACCUCUGAGAAGCAUUUGCUCACGUGGAAUCGAAUACGAACCGCUUAGCUGCCUCACACAGGAACAUGCUAACUUUCUUUUGAGAAAACUCGACCGUUGUAUAUUUUGAAUGUUUCCUUAAAGAAAAUUGGGUCGCGCAGGCAACAAAGUUCGCAUGUUCCACCGAGGUAUUCCUUUGCCCCCACCCACUGGUGUGCACAUAAGCCGUCUUAUGACCAAACCAGUGGAGCCCGACACUCGCUAACGGAAACCGUGUUUGUUGCAGUAAAGUGAUAAGUGUAACUACAAAUAUAUUUUUGAUGUAAACUAAUUAUCAAUUUCAUUCCGUCGAAGUACAAAGUAUAAAUUUUAAAAGUGUUGAAAUCAAAUAUAAAUAGUUAUAUAAAGUGAACUAUAAAGAACAAUAUGACGUGUUGAACAUUUAGUGCGAAACAAUGACUUUAGUGCGAACUAUCAGUGGUACAGGACUGUUUCGAGUCGAAAGUGUUAACAAUAAAACGAUAUGGGAUGACUCAUAGUGAAAAAUGUUACAUGCAACCCACUAUCCAUUCCGAAGAUGAUGCGCGAUAUCCACGACAAUGCUGGGGCAGGCGCAAGCGGCGGGAUGGAGGAAAGCGAGGACGGCGGGAAUGGGGUUGCAGAGGUCGAUAUGGACGAAUGCGGCUCCCUCGCGCUUCCUCCCGACCUGCCCCCCUACUCCGGCGACUACAUCAUCAGCGACUACAUGGAACGCCUCGGCACACGCCUCAAUAUUCUCGAAACGGAACUCAAAUAUGCUUGGCGAGCUCUCGAUCUGCUUAGCCAAGAAUAUGUUCGAAUGUGGGAGCGUCUCGAAAGAUUGGAGACGCUGCUCGCAGAUCAACAGGGUGUAAUAUCAACUUUACUGGACUUUUACACAUGCCGUACUGUCAGCGCUAGAGAUCCAAUGACUCGACUAGAAGUGAUUAGAGAAAUAUUAGGAAAUGGUACCGUCGAAGAUGGAAUAGAGGAAGGUAUAGAUAUCGGACGAAACUCAUUAUUAGAUCAUCCAGAAGAGAUUAUGGAAUCAAAUGAAGCAUUCUAUAAGAGUUUAAAUCAAGCCUAUCGUGAUGAUUUAGUUUGUGAUGAAACAUCUAGACCACCAUCACAGUUAGAUAUGAUUUGGGAAGCUCCGGAAGAACCAGAUAUAGAAAUGAUGCCAUCAAGCUCGAGACAAAUAUAUAGUUCAUCAGAUUAUAAAGAUUAUUGUGGACUAAAAGGAGGACCUGUCAUUAGUGAACGAGAUUUGGUGCAUUUAUCUGCUUUAAGUACAAUAGAUCAAAUCACAGUAGAUAAAUUACAUGAAUUAGAUAGAUUGACAACUCAAUUACAUAAAGAUUCCAGAGAGUUAAAAGACUUGAAAACCAGGCUUCUCAGCCCUGAAACGAAACUAUCAAAACAUGACAGGGAAAUAGAAGCAAAGGCACUAGUCGAAGACGGGAAUAUAAUCAAUGAACAACUUAAAAGUGUUUACUCGGGCGGCGAAAAUUGGGCUAUCAACGAUAUGAUGAAAAGUUUUGAUGAUUUUAUGUUGACGACUCCUAAAGACUCGAUGGUCAGGGAGAAAUCACCAUCAAGAUUGUCACUUACUGAUAAUGUGUCUGAUAGAACAAUGGAUUAUUUACCUCCAACUCUUUCUCCUCGUCGAAAGUAUGUACCCGAAAGAACUACUACAGAACCAUACACGACUGUAACUGGGCGUUUAGCCUACAGUUCGGCGGUAGCUAAUGCUGAGAUCAAUGCAGCAAAAGCAUCUAAGUCACCCAGUGCUCUCUCAAGAGAAAGAUUUGAAUAUAGUUCUCCAUAUCCAAUAGCUGACACUUCCAGACAAAAUUAUUUUUCUAGCAAAGGCCUAUCUCAGCCUUUAAACGAGAUUUAUAAAACAGGAUCAGAACAACACUCUCCCUUGUCAAUUCACGAAAUAUAUAACGGACCUAGUGCUAAUGAAUUAAAUUAUGAAGAAAACAGAUUAAGAAAAUCCCCAAGUCCUCCACCACCGGCACCACCAAAUGGAGCAAACGGAUUUCCAUCGAUAGAGAACAACAACGAAAUGGUUGGUCAUCAACAAAUGUUAUCGACUGCAGGUGCUUUACCACAUGAUGCUAUGCGAUUGAGUCCGAGAUCACCAAAAUCACCCAAAACAUCACCAAAGCAUGUAAAGAGAGACUCGGCUAAUAUUGUAGCCGCAAAAUCAGAUUCAGGUUUAUCAUCCAUGAGUGGAUGGUCGAGUUUAGAAAAAAGUCCUGGCUCGCCUAAAACAGGUCGAAUUGCACACGCAAGCCACGAUCACAAAAUGAGAAUUACUUCUCCACAACCUGUACAAAGGAUGUCAUAUGAGAUCGAUGCGAAACCAUACAUAGAAACGCUUGUUGACUCCUAUCUUUACGAAGGGGCAAAUUUGAAGAGUGAUUUUAAUUUACGGAAAACAGAACAUAUGGCAAAGGAAGUUAGUUCUAGAGAUUUAAGUAAAUUGCAAGGAAAAGUCGAGAGUGAUUAUAUAAAAAGCGAUAUCCCAUAUUCGGUAACCGAUCAAAUGACUCAAAUAAGCAAUAUCGGAGAAUAUUAUUACGGUAACGAAGCCCCUUCAAUAUAUUCCGUAGCUGGAAAUAGGCAACCAAUAUUCACAACUGUGUAUAGUACGCCGAGAGGAAUGUUAUCUGAAGAUAGGAGUUUUUCCGAAUUAUUAGAUAGAAAUGAAAUUACCGAAUCUGUUGCAAGGCCUGUGGCAGAUUCUUAUCCGCCGGAACCUAGUUAUCAUGCACAGACUGUUGUCAUGUCGGCGGCAAAUGCAAAUAAACGACCCUUGACUAGAGCGAAUACGAUGGGUGCGAACGAUCCACAUUUUUAUCAAAAUGGAUAUAAAGGACAUCGUGCUGGAUAUCCUCCAGGCAAUCUCACUGAUGCUCUGUCAUAUUACCCAACGUCAACAAGAUAUGAUUCACCUAAAAGGACGUCUUUGGAAGAUCAGAUAUCGUGGCAAGGUGGUAGUCGAUCUCCAACCAGUUCAAUGGAAACUUCGAGUUUGAAAUCUCAUUCCCUGAGUAUAACUGAAAGAAAACAAUUUCAAAAUCAACUACAACAAGAAUAUUUCAAACAACAGCAAUAUGAUCAACGAAAUGGUAAUGUAAUGUAUGAAAACCAAGGCUUCGAUAAGCAAGCUGCACCUGAUCAGCCUAAAGUUAGAAAGGAGCAAUAUGUGGAAUCGAGUGGUAUACUAGUGUCUGAAUCGGGCUAUUUAUCAAUAUCUAAUAACUUCAAAGGCAAACCUCAAGAUAAACAGCCUAAAAAACCAAAACGAACAUCAUCAUUAAAAUCAGCAAUGUCAUCAAUGAGUCAUUGGCUUCCAGAUUUACAUUUACCAAAGAAACAUAGAUCACAUUCGCUUCCCUCUGGUGUGGACAAUGUAGAACAACCACAGCAAGAAAAAUCAUUAAAAGAACGUAUUUUGUCUGCUCAGAGAAGGAAAAAGAAAUAUCAUUUAGUGGCUUCGAUGUCUGGCUUGUUACAAAAAGCUAGAAGGAAGCAACAAGCAAGCCAUCAGUCAUUAUCAGAUCCAGAAACAUCAGAAACUGAAUGGUCUGGAGGCAGAUCAAGUGCCCAGUCCGAAGAUAGCGAUAGUGUAUUUUCGGAUUCUACUCAUGAUGGUAGUAUGUUUCCUAAAGUAGCACCUAAACCAAAAAGGAAAAUGAAUAACCAAGAAAUUGUAGAACAACAAAUGAUGAUACAAGAACGCAUUCAAGAGCAAGGAAGAGAAUAUCAAGAGGACGACCCUAAUUGCAUAAUUGAGGAAACAGAAAAACUGACUGCAGCUACAAACGUAAUUCCGAGAGAUAAAAGUGAUGACAUCGAUUUUCAUUUUGCUCGAGUUAGUCAAAUGAAAAAAGAAAAUAAUAUACCAAAGCUAGAAAAGUUAGAUAUUGAUACUGAUAUCUCAAAUGUCGAUUUGUUCGAAGAGGAUGAAAAAGGAGAUCAAUCUCCUGGGUCACUUUUUGCUACUAUUGGAGAUGUGAAAAAGUCAUCGACCACCACUGAAGAUGGAUUAAGUGAAAGUAAUAAAUCCUACAGCGGAAGUUCACAAGAAUUCGCAGUUUCUAGAGCUUUAGGUAAAUAUCGUUUGCGUAAAUCCACAUCGGUAUCAGAUGAACAUAUUGCUGAUAUUUCACCACCAAAAACAGAGAGAGAUGAACGAGAAGAAGAAUUGACUGACGAAUUUAUCAAUCAGCAAAUGCAAAAGGAAAAGAAAAUACGUAAACCCAGUCCACCUGAGGUAGUAAAUACUGUGACCUUGAGUGCUGAAGAUCCACAUAACUUGCCAGAAAGAAGUCCAUCGAUACAAAGUACUCGUGGCUUGCCAAACAAGUUUCAACCGCGACACCAACAAAGUUUGGAAAUACCAAAUAAACAUGAUGAUGACGACAGUAGAAGCACUCAUUCUUGGAGAAGUGGAUCCAGAGUAUCGUCAAGACGUCAAAGUACUGAAGACAGUAUUGAUUCUGAAGACGAAUGGUAUUGCUACGAAUUGAGGAAACUGGAAGAAAUGGAGCAUCAGUCGCAAGUGGAAAUUGAGCGACAGCAAACGUUACCAGAAGAGCCAGAAAUUGAGGAAGAAUAUUCCAGUGAAGUUCUUAAAGAGAAAAUGUCAUUCGUGCUACGUGAACUAAAACUUAAAACGGCAACAACGAAACAAAAAUAUGACGAAUCUCCUACCAAAGAAUCUUGGAAAGAUGUAACAACUUUCCCAGUAAUCGAGGAGACAACGGAUGAAGACAGACAUUCAAGUGAUGAUAAGUCACUUGAUUACUCAGGUUCAGGUGAAACUUCUGGACCUGACAGUCCAGUUCAAAGUGGCGAUGAACUGGAUGAUGACUACGAUAUGCCACAAAUACAACUGCCAUUACCUUUACCUCGUGAGGAACCGCGGCAGCAACAAGAUGCUCCUGUUGGCAGCAAGUGGAAGCUCCUCAAAGCCCUGAAAGACCGCAAAGCUGAGGAGAAGACGUCGGAGACGCCGGCAGCAACGACACCGUCAACUGAAAAGGACAAAGUCAGCGCCGGUAAUGGAUCCGGUGGCUUCAACGAGCAGGGUGGCAGAGGAAAUGGGCACGUCACGGAUAAUCCAUUCUAUAGCAACAUCGACAGCAUGCCUGACAUCAGACCAAGGAGAAAAUCCAUACCUCUCGUCUCCGAACUUACAAUGGCGGCUACGAAGAGGAAUGCAGGUUUGACGUCAGCUGUACAUCGAGCCACAUUGAACGAUGAAGAACUGAAAAUGCACGUAUACAAGAAGACUCUGCAAGCGCUCAUCUACCCAAUCUCGUCGACCACGCCUCAUAACUUCGUACUAUGGACGGCUACAUCGCCUACUUAUUGUUACGAGUGCGAAGGCCUACUUUGGGGCAUCGCCAGACAAGGUGUAAGGUGCACUGAAUGUGGUGUCAAGUGCCACGAAAAGUGCAAGGAUUUGCUCAAUGCCGACUGUCUUCAGAUGUGUUUCGCAGGGGCGGCUGAAAAGUCUUCCAAACAUGGCGCCGAAGACAAAGCCAAUUCCAUCAUCACGGCUAUGAAAGAACGAAUGAAACAACGUGAACGAGACAAACCUGAAAUCUUUGAACUAAUCAGGCGGACUUUUAACGUCGACCCAGACACUCACAUUGACAGUCUAGAACAGGCCAAGCAAGUCACUAUAGAAGGAACAUCAAAGUGGUCUUGCAAGAUCGCCAUUACAGUUAUUUGUGCUCAAGGCCUCAUCGCGAAGGAUAAGAGUGGAACUUCAGACCCCUACGUAACCGUCCAAGUAAGCAAAGUGAAGAAGAGAACAAGAACUAUGCCUCAGGAAUUGAACCCCGUGUGGAACGAAAAGUUUUACUUUGAAUGCCACAACUCAUCUGAUCGUAUCAAAGUGAGAGUAUGGGAUGAAGAUAACGACUUGAAAUCAAAACUACGCCAGAAACUGACUAGAGAAUCUGAUGAUUUCUUGGGUCAGACAAUCAUUGAGGUACGAACAUUAUCAGGCGAGAUGGACGUGUGGUACAACUUGGAGAAACGAACGGACAAGUCUGCGGUGUCAGGAGCCAUCAGGCUGCACAUCAACGUGGAGAUCAAGGGCGAGGAGAAGGUGGCACCCUACCACGUCCAGUACACAUGUCUUCACGAGAACCUGUUCCACUAUCUAUGUGAGGAGAACAACGGUGCCGUCACCCUACCAGCUGCGAGAGGCGACGAUGCUUGGAAGGUCUACUUCAAUGAAAUCCCUGAAGAAAUCGUCGACGAAUUCGCUAUGAGAUACGGCAUAGAAGCCAUCUAUCAGGCCAUGACCCACUUCCACUGCCUCUCCACGAAGUACUUGUGUGCUGGAGUACCAGCGGUGAUGUCCACGUUGCUGGCCAACAUCAAUGCUUACUAUGCCCACACCACCGCGUCUUCUGCAGUGUCAGCGUCGGACCGAUUCGCUGCUUCUAACUUUGGAAAAGAGAAGUUCGUGAAAUUACUGGAUCAGCUCCACAACUCGUUGAGGAUCGACCUGUCGAUGUAUAGGAACAACUUCCCGGCGUCCAGUGCUGAGAAGCUCAUGGACCUGAAGUCUACAGUCGACUUGCUUACCAGCAUCACGUUCUUUAGAAUGAAGGUUCAAGAGCUAAGUAGUCCGCCCCGCGCCAGCACUGUGGUCAAAGACUGUGUGAAGGCAUGCCUUAGAUCAACAUAUCAGUUUCUAUUCGAGAAUUGUUACGAGCUAUACAACAGGGAGUUCCAGGUGGAUCCAAAUGAAGCGAAGCGUGAUCCUGCAGACCACGGUCCUCAGCUGGAGUCUGUGGAUUUCUGGCACAAACUGAUUGCUCUCAUCGUAUCUGUGAUAGAGGAAGAUAGGAAUAGUUACGCGCCUGUUCUCAACCAGUUCCCUCAAGAAUUGAAUAUUGGUCAGCUAUCAGCGGCGACGAUGUGGUCCUUAUUCGCUGUAGACAUGAAGUAUGCCUUGGAAGAACAUGAACAACAUCGGCUUUGCAAGUCUUCGGCUUACAUGAACUUGCACUUCAAGGUAAAAUGGCUUCACACAAACUACGUAAAAGACGUGCCGCCAUACUGUGGAGCUGUGCCAGAGUACCCGGCGUGGUUUGAACCAUUCGUGAUGCAGUGGCUCAACGAGAACGAUGACGUCUCUUUAGAAUAUCUCAACGGAGCAUUCAACAGGGAUAAGAAAGAUGGGUUCCAACAAUCAAGCGAGCACGCCCUAUUCAGUUGCUCAGUGGUAGACGUCUUCACCCAACUAACGCAAUGCUUCGACGUGGUCUCCAAACUCGAGUGCCCAGACCCUGAAAUCUGGAAGCGAUACAUGAAGAGAUUCGCCAAGACCAUCGUCAAGGUCCUUGUGGCUUACGCCGACAUCGUGAAGAAGGAGUUCCCCGAACACCUUAAGGAGGAACGAGUGGCAUGCAUCUUGAUGAACAACAUCCAACAGUUGAGAGUACAAUUGGAGAAGAUGUUCGAGUCUAUGGGAGGUCCCAAGCUGGAGCGAGACGCUGCUGACAUCCUGAAGGAUCUGCAGAAUAGACUCAACGGGACGUUAGAUGAUCUGGCGUCUAUGUUUGCUAACAGCUUGGAGACUCGAAUCACAGCCAGUGUGAAGGAGCUAGGAGAACUACUGCAAAAGGUUGGAGGCGGUGCAGCACCUGGUCAACAACAGCCUCCCGUUCACCACGAGGCUGAUGAAGUGCUACGACCACUCAUGGAUAUUUUGGAUGGCUCUCUCACAAUGUACGCGGAAUCCUGUGAAAAGACUGUUCUUAAACGACUACUAAAGGAAUUGUGGAAGAUUGUGAUGAAGAUAUUAGAAAAGACUGUUGUGCUCCCGCCUAUGACUGAUAAGACGAUGAUGUUGAAGAAUUUGACGAACAACGCUAAGAACUUGGCAGCGAAUGCAAAGAUCGAGGACAUGACACAGUUGUUCAAGAGCACUGUGGGCAAGCAGGACGUCAAGCAUGCACUGUCUGGCGUCAUGGACAUCUCGAAAGAGCAUCUGUCAGCUGAGAAGAGUUUGACACCAAAGCAGUGUGGAGUUCUGGACGCGGCUUUGGACACCAUCAAGCUAUACUUCCACGCAGGAGGCAAUGGACUCAAGAAGGCCUUCUUAGAGAAGAGUCCAGAGCUGCAAUCCUUGAGAUAUGCUCUCAGCUUGUACACACAAACUACUGAUACGCUCAUCAGGACCUUUGUUAGCUGUCAGCAGAAUCAAGACGCUGCAGUCGUGGAAGAGGGAAGCGUGGGUGAGGUGUCACUCCAAGUGGAUCUUUUCACGCAUCCCAACACUGGAGAACAUAAGAUCACGGUGAAAGUGGUAGCAGCCAACGAUCUGAAGUGGGUGAUCCAAAGCGGUAUGUUCCGUCCGUUCAUCGAGGUUAAUCUGAUCGGUCCACACCUCGCGGAGAAGAAGAGGAAAUUCGCCACCAAGUCCAAGAGUAACAAUUGGAGUCCCAAGUUUAAUGAGACUUUCCACUUCAUGGUGAGCAACACGGAGCAGCUGGACCUGUUCGAGCUGCACGUGUGUGUUCGUGACUACUGCUUCGCACGCGAGGACAGGCUGGUCGGCGUCGCUAUCAUGCGAAUGACCGAAAUCGUUGAACAGGGUGCCAUCGCGUGCUGGCUGCCUCUAGGCACCCGAAUCAAAAUGGACGAGACUGGCUGGACGAUACUAAGAAUACUUUCUCAAAGGCACAAUGAUGAAGUCGCUCGGGAGUUCGUCAAGCUCAAGUCUGAAAUGAGGACUGAGGCACCAGCUGGUGCGCCAGGCCCAGCGUGAACCACUUAAUCAAAAUCCCACGUGCCACAACAUUCUACACAACCUACCAACUCCAAGACUGCGACUGGACUGAUUGAUCCGGUUGUGAUGUCCCUUAGUAUUUCAAAACAGUUUAAUGUGCGCAAACGAGACAGAAUCAUGUUCUGCACGAUGCGUACGAAAGAGACGAAGCCACUGCAACGGAGUUUGGAAGUGACAUCGGCGCUCUGGCGGCUCCCGGUCAGUGCUCGUUCGUUUUGUUUCGUACAAUCUCGACGGAGAUGUGUUUUGUAAAUAAAAUUUAUCUUUGUUAAGUUACGCGGAUAGUAGAAUAUUUUGCACAAAUUCGUAAACAUUAGCCGAAAAGACUGACCGUAGGCGGCCGGGCGCCGCGGCGGACGCGACUUAGGCAUCCAGCUACAUACACUUUCCUAUCCAAGAGACACUUUUAACUUCCAUUAUAUGACGAUAACAAAGCCCUUAGCGCUCCACAAUUUUAUUAACUUCGCUCUUUUAAUUCUUUAUUGCUCAGUCGCGAAGUGUUCUUUCCUAAAUCAGACAGCCCAACUUCUCUCGCUGGGUACCUAAAUUCGCGAACGCAUCGUUGACCCACGAUUUAUGUAAUAAUAUUUAUAUGGACCAAACUGUCGUAAAUACGGAUGAAUUAAUCCUUAAACAUUAAUAUUAAAAAUGCAACAUAAUUAUUUAUCUAAUUAAUCAUCUACUCGUUAUACGUGUACAUGUACAGUAAGAUAUAUGGCCUUAUGUAAAUUAUUUCCUUUUAUUGGUUUCAAUGCUUCUGUCGAGUCGGUAAUGUGUAAAAGUGUUGAGGAUAUUUCCUGAGUGCUAAGAGGUAUGCGUUUAUAUUUUCCUUUCAGUAAAUGCGUGGUGUAUAGAAUAAUGCGAAGUUUAUAAAGCAUGUUCGUUUAGGUGAUGAGUGUUAUAUAAAAUGGAAUUAAUAAUAUAGUCAUAGCCGUCGUUCGUUCUUGAAAUCCUUUACGCGAUGCUUUUUGACGUGUGUACUUAAAUAUAGAAUUAGAUAUAAAGUUAUCUUGAAGCAUAUAUCUUUAUUCCAACGCAACGUUUAAUACUAAUGGCUUCCGCGAUAAAUAUAGUCAAUCUACAGAGGAAAUCGUGUGUUUUGAUUUACUUUGUACGUCAUAUGAAUCUGACAAAAUAAUAUUGGUGUUGAAAUAUCUGUGUAUUCUAUGAAUGUUAUAGACUUGUCCGUUAAAAUUAAAUAUAUUAAAUAAAUGUUACCUCAAAAAGUAUCGCGUAACAUAAUGGAUAAAAUGUGCGGUAUAUUGUCAUCUUUAAAAAAAUAAUAAUGAUUAUUUUACGUGUCCCGUUUUGAGUGACCUAUAUUAUAUGUAUGUGAUCCAUUAUAUAAACAGAUAUGUAUGUACAUAACAAUAAGUAUAUGUUAAAUGUGUAUAUCACAGUAUUUGCUAUUACUUUAAUAAGCUUGGCCUGUUUGAAGUAUAAUCUAUAAUCUCCAAUAUCUUUUUGUAUAUUAUUGAAAAUUGUGAUAUUGUUAUAAAGAUGACGUAACAUCAUAAUUGUCGUGUCUAUCUGUUUAAUAAAUCCGAUGUUAUAAUUGUUAAUAAUAAUAAAUGUUAUGUUACAAGCAAAAAUAUAACAGCGGUUAACAUUUCACACCGUAUUUGUUAUAACAUAGAAAAUUUUAUUUACGUUAGUCAUACAACUAUUUUAUUGAAUAUUUUGUUGUUUAUAAUAAAAGUAAAUACCUUCCAUGUUAAGGCCCUAGUGCUCAAAAAUAAUUUGUUAAGGCUAUAUUACGGCGAAUAACAAUAACGGCUCGUUGAUUUAUUAACAUAAUAAUUAUUAUAAAAAAAUAUAAUAAUAAUAAUAAAAAAUAUCACAGUCCAAAACUCAAAACACGUUUGAAAGUCGUCACAUAAAUAAUAACAUUUUAAUAAUGUGUACAUUUUCAAUAGCAUUAAUUAAAUAAUAAUUAUAUUAUUAUAAUGAUUCUAUUAAGUGCACCUCUGAUAACUUUAUUUUCUUAUUCCAUUCCUAAACUUUUAUAAAUAACGGAUUUUCCUUUUUGUAACCUCUAUUUUUGACAGUUGUAUAGUUUUUAAUGGAAUUUUCUGAAAUUUUUAAUGUCCUUUAAGAAUUCUACCAGUAAAUAGAUAUUUGAUGACGUUGAAAAUGCACACGGUGUGUAGGUAGGCACAUCACUAACCGACACGGGACAUAGAUUUUCUAAAUCUUAGCAUUUAUCAUGGAUUACAUAUCUGUAGAUAGAGAAUGUGGUUUGUCUAGUCCAAAUCUCAAUAAUAUACAACGUGUAACAAAAUACCCAUAUACAUCAAGAAGCGCUGAUGAAUACAGGUUGAAUAGAGUCUCUACACGAAGUUUCAGCUUAAAAUACGUUUAAAAAAAAAUUGGUACCAAAUACUUGGUAUCGCAUGGUUCUUGAUUUUAAAUCAUACAAACAUGUCACAACACUACAGGGGUCACUCGCUAAUAUUACGAAACAUUUAUUCUGUCAAUCUGAUCGCCUAGUACCUGUCUACCUAAUUUUGAAUAACGCGGCGGCGCGAUUUGAAAAAUUCAUAACUUGGUACCAUGAAAAAAUUAGUUUAAAAAACCCUUACCGUAUCGUUUGUUAUGUUAUCUAGAAGCCGUGUACUUGAUAUGUAUACCCCUUUUUGUUACACGUUGUAUAUUAAUUAAUUAUAUAUUUACUCGUCUUAUUAUAAUAUAUAGAAAAAAACUUUUAUUUCUAAUUUACAUUUCCGAGUUGACUGAAUCUGUAUAACUAUAGCGUAAUAGAAAACAACAAUAAUUAUUACAAUAUUUAUUUUGUUAUUUAUUAUCUCAAAUAAAUAAUUGUAGUAAUCUAUUCAAUGUAUUAAUGUGCGCAAUAAUAAUUGAAAUAAAACAAUUGAAUUAGAUUUAUAACAUUCUUUGUCCACGAUAAAAUAGAAAUAUACAAGUUAUACAUAAUAUGUGCAUUACUGCGUUGAAUAGAGCUUUUCCAACUAUAUAUUUUGGAAAAAACAGCGAUGCCCACAAAAAUGUUACAUUAUUGGUUCAUUAUGUUAUGUUCAAUUACAAUUUCAUUAUUACAGAAUCAUUAUUGGUCAUACAUUUGUAAAUAGUUGCAACUCGAACGUAAAGGGAAGCUACUAUAUUGAUGGGAUCGUGUGAUAUCUACAUAAACCAAAAUAUAUCAGUAUUACUUUUCGUGUACUUAAUAAAAAAAAGAUAAUAUUAUAAUGUAAUAAUGAAAAAAAAAUCUGUAAUCAAUAACUGUUUAUGAAGAUACGACGAUUCGAGCUAGUUUAAAAGAAAAGCGCACAGUAUUCAUUAUAUUCUCAUCAAAUAAUAUGAUAACUAACAAUUCGUAUUGACUCAAUAAACCUAAUAAACAUUACAUUUGACAAUACUUGGUAAAUAUUAUUUUGUAAGUGUAAUAAUUAUGUGAUUGUCACGUUCAUUGGCAUCGGAAGUCUGUUACGCUCCAAUUUUAGUAUUAAAAUAUCACUAACAUUGCAUACAUCUUUGUAUAAAUGCAUAUAUGUAAAUGUUACAUGUUUAAACACAUUAUUGAAUUUAGAAUUUUUAUGAAAAAAUAAAUAAAUAUCCGUAUUUCAAAUAAA